AUGUCGACUGCCUUCCACCUCCGUCCCGUCGCAGAUAUAUCCCCCUCGCCAUCUCCGACAGCGUCCACCACCUCCCCAGCCGACCACAGCCCACCCCAGUACAAGGCCCCCUCCGCAAUGCGCCCCUCACCCCCCCGGGCAGCGAAUGGCGCGCUUCGACGGCCAUUAUCGCCAAGCUCGCUUCGAGACGUCGAUCUCAGCCAGGCCCCAGACAUGGCGCAGCGCAAAUACCCUACCCCUCCAACCGGCCACGACCUGAUGGCCAUGUUCCCACCUGCGCCCCCUGACAACUUUCCUGAAAUGCGUCCUGGACCCACCAGCGGAUUUUUCCAGCGUCAGGAACGUGCCUUCUUCGCACAAGCGGGCAAGGAGAUCGUCCGUGUCCGCGUCGAGGUGGACAUGCCCCACGGUUCCGAGCCUGAACCUGUCAAGUCUCGACCUGGAGGUGUGCCACGACCCUGGUUAAAUAAUGGACCUGCACCCUCGACAUCCGCAGCUCCUCAUCACUCCCCUGCUCAGGCGCCAUCAGCGCCAGUGCUCUACCCUCACCCACCGUCGCGCCCACCGCAACGAAGCACAGUCUCAGUCACCCCUUCACCACUGUUCGCCGCUGCGUCACAGCACACGCCCCCGUCUUCUAUACCUCCCAAUCUCCACUCGCCUACAUUACAUCAAACUGGCACAGGGAUACGGACACCACCUCAAGACGCCAUUCCGCCCGGACCUCCGGGCUCGAAACCAGAAUAUCCGGUGGAGGAGUAUGACGGUGACGAGUCCUGGCGACGGCCUAUACCGUACGCGGAGCGCAGACGAGCCGGGAAGCACACAAGGCGUGUUAUCGUUAGAACAUAA